UUUGAUUUUCAUUUUAUCGCUAAAGUGCGCUAAAAUUAAUUAACAAAAAAAAAGAAAUUUUUUUUUUUCUCUUUAGGAAUUUGUUGAUGGUGCCACGAAUUUAUAUGGCAACCGGUUGAAACUUUUUUAUAAAUAAUAACAAUAAUUAUUUCUUCAUGGAAACAAAGAAAAUUAUUGAUAAUAUUUAAUUGUUAAUCAAAUAUCGAACACGAGGAGAAGACAGUGUGUUUUUUGAUAAUAAUUAAAAAUGGAGUGCAUUAUUAAAAGGAUUGUAAAUAAAAGAACAAUUUGUUUAUUGACAAAUACAAGAUAUGCUCAUACAAAUCCAGAGCCUUAUUAUAGAAAAAAUAAUAAAAAUAUUUUGGAUAAGGAAAAAAAACCACAUCCAUAUGGAAAAAUACAUAAUUGGAGAUCAAAACAAAUUUUCAUUGAAGACAUGUUGAAGCAAGUUAUUUAUAACAAAGAUGGAUUAGUAGGGUUAAAUAAACCAUAUGGUAUAUCAGCAAGAACUCUAGAUGACAAUCCAAAUCGGAAUAAAUCACCAAGUGGAAUAGUUCAUGAAGUUAGUUAUACACUUUCUGAUGUGUUGCCAAUGUUAGCCAAAGAAUUGAACUAUGAAUCACUCAGAAUUAUUAGAACACCAGAAAAGUUUACAAGUGGAGUUACUUUAUUGGGUAGUGAUGAAAAAAUUGAAGCUGGUGUUGUUAAAUCAUUGAGAAUAGCAGAAGCUGAUAGAAUAAUACCAAGAACAUAUUGGACAAUAACAAGAAGAGUACCAGGUCAACCACAAGGUGAAAAACGUCUUGCCAUGAAAUUAAAAAGACCAGAACACUUUAAAAGACCAGUUCCAGUAAUUGUUGAAAAAUGGGGAUCAAAUGAAAGAGAAAGAGGUGAAAUUAAGAUAUUAAAUAUACAAUACAAAAUAAUUGGUAAUUCAACACAUAAUUUAGCAUCACUUGUUGAAAUAAAAUCAUCAACAACACAAUGGCAUGCAAUAAGAUUAUUUGCAGCAUCAAAUUUAUUAUGUCCAAUAUUGGGUGAUCGUAUUUAUGGCUCAAGAUCACAAAUUGUACUUGGUAAAUUAAUUGAAAUUAAUCCAUUAAUUGAAGCUGCACAUGUACCACCAAAAAAUGAAAAAGAAAUAUUGGAUUUAAUUAAAAUUCAAUCAUACAGAGAUACAAUUAUUCCAGCUCAUAUUCAUUUGAAAGAAAUUUAUCUUCCUUCAUUUUUAAAAAAAGAUAAUAAUGUUACAAUUAAAGCACCAUUAUUUCCAUAUUUCGAAUAUACUCUUGAUCGAUUAAGAAUUGAUACUAAAUCACCACCAUCAUCAUCAAUUGAUAGUAAUGAAAAUGUGACAGUUAAUGAAGAUGUUGUAAAUAAAAAUGUACAGUAAAUUUUUAAA